AUGGCAAUAUACCAUGGGCUGGCUACUAUCGCUCGACUCGUUCAAUCGCUCAUCGCCAAUCAACCUCGUCCAACUCUGCUCUCGUUCGAUCCGCCCCCACAGCGGGAAGAGGGGGCGUACUCGAACAACCGGGGGAUAGCCCAGCCGAUCAUCCUGUUCCGAUUCUGGUGUCUGACCAAGCUCUCAACCUCAGCGAUCGGCCAACAUCUGAGCCACUUACGGGUCCGGAUCCCGGGGCGGAAUGUGGCGACAGCUUUUCUGGAUAAUCCCGACGAGUCGAUCAGAGUGGGCAGACAGACCUGUAAGCUGCCGCGACCGCCGUUCCCAAGCUUGAGGCUCUUGGACCUCUCGACAACGAUCCUGUUGCCUUCUUCAAUCUCUGUCACCUUGGUCGGCGCCCUCCUCCGCCGUCUGCCCUCGCUCACUCAUGUCCUUGUCGAUCGCACUCAGCUCCUCAUCCCUCCCCGCUUCUUGGCCGACGUCGAACGCGUCAAAGACGAUCUUCAAAACCUCGGCUCCGUCGUCGCUGCCGCUGGUGUCUCCAGAGCUAACGAGGCUCAGAAAGUUUGGAAUAGACUCUAUAAGUGCUUUGAGACCGAACUCGAGGCGCUUCUUGUUCCGCCGUCGAGAUUUACAUCUCAGCCUGAUACUCCUCCUGCUCCGCCGAUCCUUAACCCAUCCACUUCUUCUUCUUCGACUACUACUAAUGGUACUAGACGGAAAGGAAGAAGCGCAUAUGCCAGUGCCCCUCGCUGGAAAUCUACCCCAACUACUGCUCAAACUUCGACUUCAACAGGAUCGACUACACCUGUGAGUCCCCUCGACUCGGGUUCGAAUCGGUCGAUAAGACGGAAGUUGAUAGACCAACGAAUGCCGGACAAAGUGACGAUCCUGGCCGGCCUAUCUAACCUCAUCUCGCUUUCCUGCGGAACUGAUCUCCCGCCUAACAAUCCUUUCAACCCAGACGAAAGUUUGGUUGCCUUCUGGGAUUACAAUUAG